AAAAAAUAAAAAAAAAAUCUCUGAAGCGUUUCAUUUCAAGGUGCAAGGUGUGAGGUGGGAAGGGUAUGAGUGAGACGAAUGGUUGAUAGUGGAUUCCAACUCCGCCAAAUAUAGUGAAUGUAGCCUAAAUCACCACUACCCCUAUUCAAUACACCCUUUCCAUAUCAAAUCUGUGUAGAUUUUCUGCAUGCGGAUGUUCUCCGCCAUCCCUAUAACCCUCUUUCCCCUUUCCUUCUUUCAUCACUUGCUCUCAUUUCUGCUAUCUUGGCUCUUUUUACUAUCUCCAAGAAGAGGAAUGGAUAGUAAAGGAGAUGGCAGUUCCAGUAGCAUAGUUGGAAAAGGUGGAGGGAGUUCCAGCGGCAUGGAUAUAAGUGGCAUGAUUGGACAAGGAGGAAGUGGUGGAAGCAGGAGUUUCAGCGGCAACAACAAUAAUAAUCAUGCUUGUGCUGUAUGCCGGCAUCAAAGGCGGAAAUGCAAUGCAAACUGUCCCCUCGCACCGUACUUUCCUCCAAAUAAGACUGAGCAGUUUCAGAACGUGCACAGGCUGUUUGGUGUUAGCAAUGUGAUGAAGAUAUUGAAUUCCAUAGAGCCGCAUCUAUGGCCUCAAGCCAUAGAGACAAUACAGUUUGAAGCGGACAUGCGGAAGAAGAAACCCGUGGAAGGGUGUCUGGGUAUGAUCCGCAAUCUCAUGAAGCAGGUAGAUGCAAGCACGAAAGAGCUCGCCAUGGUUAAUGAUCAGUUGUACUAUUCCCGGCAGAGAGAUCAACAAAUGCAGCACCACCAACAACAACAACUGUAUAAUAUGUUUGAGCCAUCACAGUUGAUACCACCAAUGCCGCCAUUCGGUGGGUAUUAUUACCCACCUCAGCCUGGCGCAGUCGAUCCGGCAGCUGAUGAAGUGUAUAAUAUUGGACAGAUGAAGAAUUUGAAUCUGGAAAGUGCUUAUCUCCCACCUCCUCAAGAAUAUGAGGACAUUAAGCCCUUUGAACGGAUGCUUCCUGAUGCAUAUCACAAUAAACAAGCUCUCAAUGAUGGUGAAGAAUCCAGUGCGGAAUCGGCUAUUAGAGAACCACAACCGCUCAAUCAUUUUACGGACAACAAAAUGAAGAAUGAAGUUGGAGAAUUUAGCCUCACUGAUGCAAAUCGCAGAAAAGGAAAACGCCGUGUUGACAACUGA